GCGGGAGGGCCACUCGGGACAGGAAGGUGAGAGCCGGGACCUGCUCAGCUUUGCAGGCUGUCUCGGACGGCGGCCGCCGCUGGGCGCCGGGCUUCGGCGCUGCAGGGCGGCGAGGCCCGGCCUGGCGCUGCCUGCGCAGCCCGAGAGCGUAGGCGGGCGAGCGCUGCAGGGGGCGGGGCCGGCACCAGGGAGGCCCCAGUGGCCCGUGAACCUCCCGGCCGGGCCGGGCGACCAGACCGGCUCUGCCCGCGGCGACAGGGGCCGCGCCGCCGCGUGACCGCCUGUAAUCACGCUGUACUUAAUCACUAUUAGCUUGUGCUCCAGGCUGGCGGCGCUCACCUUUCUCCCCGAGCUGGGUGACCCAGGGGAUUUCUUUUAUGGUGGCUUGUUCUGAAAUGCCAAAGCCACCCGAUUAUUCAGAACUGAGUGACUCUUUAACGCUUGCCGUGGGAACAGGAAGAUUUUCGGGACCACUGCACAGAGCAUGGAGAAUGAUGAACUUCCGUCAGCGGAUGGGGUGGAUCGGAGUGGGACUGUAUCUGUUAGCAAGUGCAGCAGCAUUUUACUAUGUUUUUGAAAUCAAUGAAACUUAUAACAGGCUGGCUUUGGAGCACAUUCAACAGCACCCUGAGGAGCCCGGUGAAGGAACCACAUGGACUCACUCCUUGAAAGCUCGGUUACUCUCCCUGCCUUUUUGGUUGUGGACAAUUAUUUUUCUGAUACCUUACUUACAGAUGUUUUUGUUCCUUUAUUCUUGUACAAGAGCCGACCCCAAAACCGUGGGCUACUGUAUCAUCCCCAUAUGCUUGGCAGUUAUUUGCAAUCGCCACCAAGCAUUUGUCAAGGCUUCUAAUCAGAUCAGCAGACUACAACUGAUUGACACAUAAAAUCAGUCACUGGUUUUUCUUACCAAACUGCCAAUACUAUAUGGAGUCUGAUCACAAGACUGCAGUUUCUUCACAGAUCUCAGGAAGUUGUGGUGGGACAGAGGCUUUUUAAAAAAAUGUGACUAAGGGACUAUCUUUAUCUGAAUAAUAAUGACUUUUUAGGUAAAGCCUGAGACAUAGUACUACAAAAUCAUGUUGAUGACUUCAGGUUUUACAAGUAAAAUUGUGUCUUGUUAUUUGUAUUCUUUAGAAACUUGAAUAAGUACCUGAACUCAUUUCUAUUCUACUGUGCAACAUAGUGAUUCAGAAAUUUUUCCUUGGGGAAAAAAAUGAAUAUGAACAUUUCCAUUGUGUUAAGUGUAAAAAGGUCCAAACAUGCUCAUAAAAUUUAAGUUUUAUACAAUUACAUGGCUUGCUUUAAGAUUCUUCAAACUCAACACACUAAUCCAUCCUUCUGUAAUAAGCCAAAUGUUUAUGCUUGCAUGCUUUCAGUUAGAGGAACUGGUAUAAAAUUACUGAGGUAAUGGUUAUGGUUUAUUAUUAUUUUUGGUGCUAGGGAUCGAACCCAGGGCCUUACACUUUCCAACCACACACACUGCUACUGGACUACAUCCCCAGCUAUGAUGGCUGUCUUACUAAGCAGAAUUUCUUCUGGAUAAUGGCUGGCUAAAUCAUUAUUAAUGUUACUGGUUUAAAAAAAUCUUGGGCUGAGUGUGGUUGGUGCGUUAUCUGUAAUCCCAGCAACUCAGGAGGCUGAG